AUGUCAGGGCGCCGUGCCAGAAUUCCAGACCCAAAUAAGGGGAUGGUAAAAGAUAAUAGACGUCUUGGAGGCGAUCCGGACAAGCCAAGUAUACGAUUAGCCAGGACCAGUGUAAUUGAUAUAUAUCCACCAAGGGAAGGGAAGAUUACUUACAGGGAAAAACGUUAUCCUUCGAACACCCUCGUAGGCAAUCUACCCAAUGAAUGGAAGACAACACCAGCGGUAUUUAGAGGCGUAGAUGCGCUCAAUUUACUCCAGUCUGACAGGCGGAUGUUCGUAGACUCAGAUUGCUUAGAUGUUUGCCUAGAGCAGCUUCAGACAUAUUUACCGAACUCUGUUCGAGAAGAUAUCCUUAUAAUGCCAGCGACUAAGGAAUUUUUUUCUUAUGGUGUAGAUGAGUUCAAGGAGUGGUUUGACAACAACCUGGAAGGACUUGACGAAGGCAGAGAUCGUUUCGUUGCUAUCCGUGAACAGCCGUACGUUUUCUGGCCGAUAGACGCCAGUGAGGAAGGUGACGAACCUCGCUGGAUGGUAGCUGUUAUCUACUUAUUCCCGAAAUUCGACCUUGAGGAUACCGAACCCAAUACCGCACCCUACGCAAUGAUUAAAGAGAUGGCGAUCAUAGACCCUUCGUGGAAUGUUGACAACGGAGCAAAGGCCGAUGGAGUUAUAUUUCAAAGGAUCCACGCCAUCUUAGAAGAAAUAGGCAUAGAAUUGUCGGGAAGGAUCCUAUCUCCCGUACAGAUAUGGAUCCCUCCGCAGAAUCCAGUGGGCUUGUCUCGUGAUGACGAACUUUACGACGGCUUCAGUUCUGGAUUACGCGUCUUUAGCCAUAUCAAAGAAAUAAUCGAUCGUAUGACGUGGGCUUAUGGCAAGAGACCUAAGAGAUAUGAGUAUGAUGCCAUAUGGGGUGAUCUAACUGCGUAUUUUAAUCCCGACCGUGUGCGUAUGGAGAUGAUAGGCUUAGCAUCAAUGGCCGUGAAUAGAGCUAUGAGAUACGUCACGCGGGUGGCCAUAGAACCAGUCCAAGUUUUAUACCAUGGAGAAGAGGAAAGGAUGAUACAUUUUUCGGCUUUGGAACCUAUGGAUCCAUUUAAGUAUAAAGAAUGGAACUCAAGCGAACCCGGAUAUGAUAAAGAUGGGAAUCACCGUUAUUGGACUGAUGAAGAGAUAUAUCAACGUCUUAUAGAGGCAAACCGUGUACAGGACAUAGACGGGAAUGCAAGCCAGGCAGAAUCACCGCCCCCAGAAUCAGGGGAAGAGGAAGAACCAGAAGAAACGGAAAGGCCGGAGCCGGAAGCGCCAGAAGAAACGGAAGGGCCGGAGCCGGAAGAGCCAGAAGAAACGGAAGGGCCAGAGCCGGAAGAGACGGAAGAGCCAGAGCCGGAAGAGCCAGAAGAAACGGAAGGGCCAGAGCCGGAAGAGACGGAAGAGCCAGAGCCGGAAGAGCCAGAAGAGACGGAAGAGACGGAAGAGCCAGAGCCGGAAGAGCCAGAAGAGACGGAAGAGCCAGAGCCAGAAGAGACGGAAGAGCCAGAAGAGACGGAAGAGCCAGAGCCGGAAGAGCCAGAAGAAGAAUCAGAAGGUGAGGAGCCGGAAGGUGAAGAAUCAAAGGACGAAGAAAAAGAGGAGCAAGAGAAAAAUAGCAAGAAAGAAGCUGUAAAAAAAACCGUUCGUCCGAAUAUUGGAUCACAGACUCACUCUAGCCCUUUUACUCCAAAAGGAAACAAAGGUGAACUCCAUGUCAUACAAGAAGAGGAAACCCUAGAGAGAGACACUGACUCUGAUGAAUCAUUGCCCCCUAUCACAGAACUCUUUUCUUCAACACAGGGCAAGAAUGUGAUAAGGAAGGACACGCCCGGCACCAAGACUACGCCCGGCAACAAGACUACGCCCGGUGACAAAAGUACUCCUAUUGUUAUCCAGGACACAUCCGGCGAAAUGAGCGAAUUUGGAAGUAGUUCCAUUGAAGCAAACCCGACACCCAGCGUCCGUGGAAAUCAAACGGGAAGAGGAAGAGGAAGAGGAAGAGGAAGAGGGGGAGGAAGAGGAGGAGGAAGAGGAGGCGGAGUACAAGUGGAAGAAACGUGGGAACAUAGGACGGCAUCAGAGACUAUUCAAAGGACUGGCCCCGUAGCCCCGGCUCCUAUAACCCUAACGGAGUCGGAAUUAGCAGGAAGUGGAUCGUCGUCUGACGAAUCGGAUGUCGGUCAGGCUCGUAAGAGGAGGUCUACUGGCGAUGGCGAUUCGGGCUCUUCACCCGAAACGCCGCCCAAGAAGAGGAAAACUUGAUCGAUCAGUCUUUAGUUUUGGAAGUGAGAUGGCGAUGAAGGGGCUUUGAAUGUCUGGUGGGUUGCAGAGUUAAAAUGAGAUGGAUUUGAGGUGUAUUAUUACUAUGGG